UUCUCCCCAGUGGUGGCUGACUCGCAGCCCCGUAAACUAGUGGCGGUCUGCGCCCGGCGGCUCCGUCCAGGUUCUGGCUGCGAAGUCCAUGUGCCCGGGGCUGCCAGGAAGCAGACGCUUUCCUGAGUCUUGGAUCUUUCUUCCUUCUGGAAAUAUUCUACUGCGGGUAUUUAUUUAUUUUGAAAUAAAAGCAACCACACAUCAUGGACCUCGUUGGACUGCUGAAGUCUCACUUCCUGUGCCACCUGGUCUUCUGCUACGUGUUUAUCGCCUCAGGGCUAAUUAUCAACACCAUCCAGCUCUUCACGCUCGUGCUCUGGCCGAUCAACAAGCAGCUCUUCAGGAAGAUCAACUGCAGACUGUCCUAUUGCAUCUCAAGCCAGCUGGUGAUGCUGCUGGAGUGGUGGUCGGGCACGGAGUGCACGCUCUACACUGACCCGCGGGCCUACGCCAAGUACGGGAAGGAGAACGCCAUCGUGGUUCUGAACCACAAGUUCGAGAUUGACUUCCUCUGUGGCUGGAGCCUGGCCGAACGCUUCGGGGUCUUAGGGAGCUCCAAAGUCCUGGCCAAGAAAGAGCUGGCGUACGUCCCGAUCAUCGGCUGGAUGUGGUACUUCACAGAAAUGGUCUUCUGCUGUCGAAAGUGGGAGCAGGAUCGCAAGACAGUCGCCACGAGCCUGAUGCACCUCCGGGAUUACCCUGAGAAGUAUUUUUUCCUGAUUCACUGCGAGGGCACGCGGUUCACGGAGAAGAAGCACCGGAUCGGCAUGCAGGUGGCCCAGGCCAAGGGGCUGCCCAGCCUCAAGCACCACCUGCUGCCGCGCACCAAGGGCUUCGUCGUCACCGUGAGGAGUUUGAGAAAUGUAGUUUCAGCUGUAUAUGACUGUACACUCAAUUUCAGAAAUAAUGAAAAUCCAACACUGCUGGGAGUCCUAAAUGGAAAGAAAUACCAUGCAGAUAUGUAUGUUAGGCGCAUCCCGUUGGAAGACAUCCCAGAGGACGAGGACAAGUGUUCAGCCUGGCUCCACAAGCUCUACCAGGAGAAGGACGCCUUUCAGGAGGAGUACUACAGGACAGGCACCUUCCCUGAGAGCCCGCUGGUGCCGCCGUGGCGGCCCUGGACCCUCGUGAACUGGCUGUUCUGGGCCUCGCUGCUGCUCUACCCUUUCUUCCAGUUCCUGGUCAGCAUGGUCUGCAGCGGGUCGUCCCUGACGCUAGCCAGCUUUGUCCUCGUCUUCUUUGUGGCUUCUAUGGGAGUUCGGUGGAUGAUCGGUGUGACAGAAAUCGACAAGGGCUCCGCCUACGGCAACUUCGACAGCAAGCAGAAACAGAAUGACUGACUCAGGGACAUGUCACCAUCCACUGGGAACUGGUGGCCUCUGCAUAUCCUCCUUCCUGGGACAGUGACGAAGGCUGGGGGACCCCCUGCUGGGAAGAGCAGAGUCUCGGCCUCUCCAGCCUCAGAGUUUGGUCUCAAAGCCAGAUGGGAAGGAAGAUGCUCUUCAAUCUUUUUUCCCCCCCACGUGCUUUAGUGGGCUUCAGUUUUCUUUCUUUUUGUGUGUGAGAGAAUGGGUGUGCGGUCGAGUGAGCCUCCUUCUGUGAUCAUUCCAAGGGUGUUUCAGGCUGCAGCGGAGGCAGGGCUGGGGACCGAAAGGGGCAAGUGUUCCCUUUCAUCCUUUGGUGCUGAGUUUCUGUAACCCUCGAUUGCCAGAGCUAGAGUGAAAAGCGCUUUAGGUAACAUGACUAAAUUAAGCCUCCAAAAAAAAAAAAUUAAAGUGCUUGUCUGGGUCA